AUGGCAAACACUGCAAAUAACACGAAGAUGAAGGGCCUCUUGAAAGGCCUAAGAUACAUUUCUCAAAUUUUUGAUGAUAACAAAGGCCAAGAAAUGCAGAUUGGGUUUCCUACAGAUGUAAAGCAUGUGGCCCAUAUAGGAUGGGAGGGUCCAUCAACUGCUGCUGGUUCUCCAAGCUGGAUGAAUGAGUUUCAAGCUCCACCUGGAUACUCAUCAGGACCUUUAAGCAAUGGAGAGACAAAAGAGGACCCUGGGGUCAAAUGGGUCUCUCAAGAUUCAAGCCGGAAGGGUAGUUCAAGGGGUGCUAGGUCUCCGGCACAUGACAUGCCGGAUUUGCCAAGGGCAUCGCCACAGCAAACAUCAAGUGGGCAUGAAGAUGGUGGAAUUGACUCCCCUAAGAGGGAAAGAUCAGAUAAACCGAAGCAAACAAGGCGGUCUUCUAAGAAUAGGGACACAACAGAUAGUGUUACUAGAGGUAUCCGGCAAUCCAUAGAGUCAAUUCAUGGCAGUGAAUCGCCGCAAAACCCGCCAGACAUCCCUAAGAAAACGCGGCGAAAGAAAUCCAAAGAUUCCUCUGUUGGGGGGGCAUCAAGAAAGGCUAAACCCCAUGCUAGUUCAGAAACAUGUACAGAUCCUGGACACCAACCUGCAACUACUUAUAAAUGUAAUAGCAAAGACCAACUAUCUCAGAAUUCUUUUCAAGAGGGGGAAGACAAGGGAUUUACAUGA